AGACGCUAAGAUGGCGGCGGGGCGGACUCUAUUUCCCAGACCGCUCCGCGCGGCGGCCGCGCCCAAUGACGUUACGCGGAGGGGGCGGGGCCGGGGCCGUGCGCUCGGCGCGGCCGUUGCCGUGCGCGCCGCCGCCGGGGGCGGGCGCGGGCGUCGGGGCCGCCGGGAGGGCCGGAGCGGGGUCGGGCCCGUGCGGGAGGGGCCGGGCCAGACCGGGCCGGGCCGUGGAGGCGCGGGCCCUCCCCGCCCAGCUAUGGUGGGUGCUCAGCAGCUGGAGCUGGCUGCGGGCCGAGCAGCGCCAAGCACCGGGGAACACCCCUACGAGUGCUUGGAGUGCGGCAAAGCCUUCAGAUGGUCCUCGCGCCUCGUCCACCACCAGCGCACCCACACGGGUGAACGGCCCUACAAGUGCUCCGAGUGCCCCAAGGCCUUCAAGGGCUCCUCGGCGCUGCUCUACCACCAGCGCAGCCACACGGGUGAGCGGCCCUACAAAUGCUCCGAGUGUCCCAAAGCCUUCAAGCGGUCGUCGCUGCUGCAGAUCCACCAGAGUGUGCACACGGGGCUGCGUGCCUUCAAGUGUGCACUCUGUGGGCUGGCCUUCAAGUGGUCCUCGCACUACCAGUACCACCUGCGGCAGCAUACGGGUGAGCGGCCCUACAAGUGCACCUCCUGCCCCAAAGCCUUCAAGAACUCCUCCAGCCUCCGCCGCCACCGCCACAUCCACACAGGCGAGCGGCCCUACGUCUGCUCCGCCUGCGGCAAGGCCUUCACUCAAUCCACCAACCUCCGACAACACCAGCGCACCCACACAGGCGAGCGGCCCUACGCCUGUUCCCAUUGCUCCAAGACCUUCACCCAUUCCUCCAACCUCCUCCUCCAUCAGCGAACCCACUCUAGCACCCGGUCCCACAAGUGCCCGGCUUGCCCCAAAGCCUUUGUCUCAGAUGCCUGCUUGCAGAAGCAUCUGCAGAGCCAUGCCGCAUCCCCGUUGUUGCCAUCCCCGUUGUCCCCAUCCCAGCUGUCCCCACCACCGCUGCUCCUGGAGGCAGUGGAGAUGCUGUGGAAGUGCACUGAGUGCCACCUGGCUUUCCCCAGCCAGGAGCAGCUGCUGGGCCACCAACGCAGCCACCCACAGCCAGCGACACCAGGGGACGUCACUGCAACGGCCACCCAUCGCUGCCCCACCUGUGGCAAGACCUUCAAGAACAGCUCAGGGUUGGCGCGGCACAGGCACAGCCACGGUGCUGAACGGCCCUACAAGUGCUCCCAGUGCCACAGGAGCUUCGGGCAGCUGGCCGGGCUGCUGGGCCAUCAGCGUGGUCACUCGGCGGAAACACCACAUCCCCCUCCAGCGACCCCAACCCCGACCUCGGUGCCGUCAGAGCGUCCCUACCAAUGCACCGAGUGUGGCAAAGCUUUCAAGGGCUCCUCGGGGUUGCGUUACCACAUGCGGGACCACACAGGCGAACGGCCCUACAAGUGCUCUGAGUGCCCCAAGGCUUUCAAGCGCUCCUCACUGCUCGCCAUCCACCAGCGGGUGCACACGGGGCUGCGCGCCUUCAAGUGCGCCGAGUGCGGCCUCACCUUCAAGUGGUCGUCGCACUACCAGUACCACCUGCGGCUGCACACUGGUGAGCGUCCCUACGCCUGUCCUGACUGCCCCAAGGCCUUCAAGAACACCUCCUGCCUCCGCCGUCACCGGCAGCUGCACACAGGUGAGCGGCCUCAUGCCUGCCCCAUCUGUGGCAAGGCCUUCACCCAGACUUCCAACCUCCGCCAACACCAGCGCACCCACACAGGCGAGCGGCCCUAUGCUUGUUCCCACUGCGGCAAAACCUUCACCCAUUCCUCCAACCUCCAGCUCCACCAACGCACCCACUCCAGCGCCCGGCCCCACCAGUGUCCCCUCUGCCCCAAAGCCUUCGUCAUGGCCUCCUACCUCCAGCGGCACCUCCGCACCCACGCAGCUGGCCCCAAAGGGUCCCCUCGCCCUGCCCUGACACCGCAGCGUGACGGCCCCGUCCUGCAGGCUGCCCUCAGCCUGGAGGUGACAGCUCCUGAUGCCCACACCUUCCUGCUGCUGCAGACGCCACAGGGCCUCCAGCUCAUCCCCAGCCCUCCACCGGCCCCACAGAAGCUCAUCCUGCUCCCCACAGCCCCCCAGCCGCCCCCCAAACACCAAGGGGAGUCCCCGACCCCUGGGCAGAGCCUUCUGCUUGUGCCCAGCACGGGGACCACGCUGCCCACAUUGCGGCUACAGGCAGUCACGGCUGUCCCACAGGGGACAGGGACCGGUAUCCUCGUUCUGCAGGGCCUCCCUGAGCAGCCCCUGCACCCAGCAGGCAUCCCGCACGGACAGGCAGCGGUGGAGGGGGCGGCUGUCAGGCUGCAGGCCAAUGAGGUGACAAAUGUCCAGUUGCAGGCACUGCCACAACCCACAGAUGUCACCAGCAUUCCUCUCCAAGCUACUGAUAUGACAAAUGUCCAGCUGCAAGCUCUGCCACAACCCACAGAUGUCACCAACAUCCAGCUCCAAGCCACUGAGGUGACGAAUGUCCAGCUGCAGGCCCUGCCACAACCCACAGAUGUCACCAACAUCCAGAUGCAAGCCACUGAGGUAGCAAAUGUCCAGCUGCAAGCUCUUUCACAGCCCCCAGAUGUCACCAACAUUGAGCUGCAGGCUGCUGAGGUGACAAAUGCCCAUCUCCAAGUUCUACCACAACCCUCUGAGGUCACCAACAUCCAGCUGCAAGAUGGUGAGGUGACAAACGUCCAGCUCCAAACCUUGCCGCAGCCCUUGGAGGUCACCAACAUCCAGCUGCAAGCCCUGCCACAGUCCACAGAUGUCACCAAUGUUGAUCUGCAAGCCACUGAAGUGACAAAUGUUCAGCUGCAAACCUUGCCACAACCGUCGGAGGUGACCAGCAUCCAGCUCCAGGCCACUGAGGUGCCCAGCGUGCAGCUCCAGACCACGGAGGUGACCAGUGUUCAGCUGCAGGCCACUGAGGUGCCCAACAUCCAGCUCCAAAACACAGAUGUAACAAAUGUCCAUCUUGAGACCACGGACGUACCCGAUGUCCAUCUUGAAACCAUGGAGGUGCCCAGUGUCCAUCUUGAGACCAUGGAGGUGCCCAGUGUCCAUCUCCAAGCCCCUGAGAUGGCCAACAUCCAUCUCCAAGCCCCUGAGAUGGCCAGUGUUCAUCUCCCAGCCAACGAUGUGGCCAACACUCAUCUCCAAGGCACAGAGGUGACCAAUCUCCAAGUUGAGUCCACUGAAGUGCCCAACAUCAAUCUCCAAGCUACUGAUGUGGCCAGUGUCCAUCUCCAAGCCACCGAGGUGCCCAGCGUCCAUCUUGAGACCAUGGAGGUACCUGACGUUCAUCUUGAGACUGUGGAGGUGCCCGAUGUCCAUCUCCAGACCACUGAGGUGACCAGUGUCCAGCUCCAAGCUGUGGAGGUGCCCAACAUCCACCUCCAGACCACCGAGGUGCCUGGUGUCCAUCUCCAGACCACCGAGGUGCCCAACAUCCAGCUCCAGACCCUGGAGGUGCCCCCGAUCCAUUUGCAGCCCCCAUCAGGAGCCCAACCAGCCCCUCCACCCUCCGGGGUGUCGCUUCCAGCGGGCCCAGAGGUGCUGCUGGUGCAGGGAGGCCCAGAACCAGCCAUAGGGCUGGGUGUGCUGCAGACAUCUGAAGGCCUUCGCAGUGUCCUGGUGCUGCGGGGGUCCAGUGACCAGUCCCCAGUGCCCACUCCAGCACCCCCAAAAGUCCUGGUCCUACGUGGGGAGCCUCGGCAGGGGGGAGCUAGUGAGGGUCCCGCUGUGGUGCAGCUGAUCCCUGGCUCCCCAACCUCCCAGCUGCCAGCUGUACAGGGGGUGCAGGUGCUGCCAGGGGCGCAGCUUGUGCACACAUUCUGAGGGGGAACACAGACCCCACAGCCAUACCACGGGCCCCCGUGGUUGCCCUGUGGCCCCUACAGUGACCACAUGGCCUCUAUAGCAACAUAGUGACUGCUCCAGGGCCACCCAGAGGCCUCCACAUGGCCCUCCACAGCUGCUACAACCACUAUAGCUACCCCAUGCUCUCCCCUAGGGAUCCCACAGACACCUUAGGGCCACCGCAGCCAUCCCACAACAUCCCAUGGCCCCUGCUGGCUACCUCGUAGCCACUGCAGCCAUCUCAUAGCAUCUCCUGUCCAUCCCACGGCCACCUCUUGGUCAUCUUAUGGCCACUGUAGCCAUCCCACAGCACCUCACAGCCCUUUAUUGGCCACCUUAUGGCCACUGCAGCCAUCCCACAAUACCCCAUGGCCAUCUGUUGGACUCUGAUCGUUGUAGACAUCCCACAGCACCUGCUGGCCACCUUAUGGCCACCACAGCCACUCUACAGGUCUCCAUGGCCAACUGUUGGCCACCACAAACAUCCCACAGCACCUCAUUACCAUCCCAUGGCCACCACCACCACCCCAUAGCUACCUUAACUGGACCCCAUAGUCAUCUCUUGGACAUUUUAUGGCCAUCACCGCUACCCUACAGCCCCCAGAGACCAUCUCUUGUCCAUCUCAUGGCCACCACACCCAUUCCAUAGCCACCUUAUGGCUACCACAGCACCCCAUGGCCACUCAGUGGCUGCCACACCAAUCUUGUAACACCUCAUGGCCAUGCCAUAUCCACCUCUUGGCCACCUUGUGACCACCACAUCACCUCAUGGCCACCACACCCACCCCAUAACCACCUUAUGGCCACCAGAGCACCCCACAGGACUUCACUGCCACUUCUGGGCCACCCCUUAGCCGCUUCAUAGCCACAACAGCGUGGGGGCGAGCAGCACGGCGGGCCGGUGAGCAAUGGGGUGCAGGAGCCGGGGGGGGGGGCGGAAUCGAUGUUGCACGGUUUCCGCCCGGACCGGAUUAAUAAACGGAGCGUCCCUU